UUGAGUCUAAUUUUGUUUCAAAGUAGUGAAGAACCGUAUUUGCUAUCUAGUAUCAGUAUUACACAGACACGUUACACGAGACAUACCAUUAUAAUUACCAUCUAAACAACAAAAGCAGAGGCAUUAUUCAUUUGCCAUUUCUACCAAGCUGUAUCUCUAUUUACCAAUUAUUACUUUAUAUUACGAUGGGAACCGCGGCUCAAGAAGUAGUUCGGGAAGUUGGUGUGAGUCACUGCAACAACAUCAAGUCCUUGACAGAACAUGCACACGCCUCUGACACUACACAUUAUACGGUGGACACUCUUAGGAAAGAACUUCUGUCCUUCAUGUGGGAUUUGGGAUACUACCUGACCAAGAAGGAAAGGAUGAGUGUGGUUGAAGUGUUUGAUGAUGUGCAGCAUGCUUGUGAUGACAUGCACUUCAAAGAGACUAUCAAUAAUUAUCAUAAACAUCAUUUCGAUAUCAACAGACAGACUGAAUUGAAAGGUCUCCGUAGCUGGGCUCUGGACGGAGUGGCCAUUACUCAAAUGUAUAAACAGCUGGUGAUGGAGAGCAAGAGGAAAGUCCCCUCCGAACAGACCGAAGAGUACAUCAACCAACUAGUGCACAACUUCGUCAGCGAAAUCACCCAACACGCAGAGAAAAUGCGUGCACUGUUCAUGAAGGCCAGAUGUCGCAAUGCAGGGUACAACCCCCUCUGCACUCCACUGCUGCCCAACGAGGUGGAGGACUACGAGGCCAAAAAGGGAAUUAAGGAGAGGAGGGGGGAUGCGACUUGGCUGAUGACUCACGGGGAUAGACCGCAUCACACUCUGGGAUUGCCAAAAGCAAACGAACCUCUGCCCACUGGCGAUACGAAGUCGUUCCAAGGAGGCCGAAAUUUAUACGAGCAGUGCAUAAACGAGCGCAAAACAGAUCUCUUUCAGCCAAAGUACACGUACAAAAUACAGCGACUGCAGGACGAAACCGAAGCACGCCUUCGGAAAACAGUCGAAAUGAGACAGGCUACAACUCAGCGCCGAUAAAAAAAACUGCCUCAAAAACUAAGAUUAACAUUUUGUCAGAACAAAUUCAAGUUAUUGCAGAGCUUAGCUUAAAAUUUAACAUCCAUAAAG